AUGCAUUCUAACGUUGUAGGUCCUGCGGAGGUCUCACGACGUUCACGCCGAAGUGUUGAUGCUGUCGAGGCACCUCCCGUCACACCACCCACCGACGAGAACAACACCGUGACACGAGCAUACUUUAAACGUUCCUGCCAGCGCCAGGUUCUCAUUCGGUGCCCGUCCUUUUCCACCUCUCCCUCGCCCACGGGACCUGAAAACAAAGGUAGUAGUGGCGUGGAGAAGGUCCAAAAAUUCGGCGACUGCGCCACAGUCGCAGCUUCUGACAUCGAGGUGACCUGCGCCAGGGUAGUCUGCCACCUCAACAAGAUGGCGCCUUCGGACACAGUGCGACUCCAUGUGUCAGGUUGGCUGCUGGCAUCGACCUUCUUCAAGCAUCACCUACCGGAUGUGAAAUUUGUCACCAAGCUGAGCCUAGUUAACUGGGGUGACCUUCCGCCUUCUGUGAGCGCCUACGCGAACCUUUCCGACUCUGCGGAGGGGAAGGUGGGCCCUGGGGGUUCCGCCGCGGUUCUCCUCGAUUUCCCUUCACCGGCGCCGACCUAUGAGAUGGCCCAGUCGGUGGUCUUUCGCAAUGUCUCCCCACGGCGACUCGCCCGGAUGCCAUUAUGGCCCAUCCUUACGGGUAUCGUGGUUGGCAGCAUAAUCCUCGUGACGGUUAUCUCUCUGCUCUACUAUUGUGGUUUCUUCAAUCGGCGGAAACGGACCCGGGCUGCUAGGAGACGGGCGGAGCUUACUGCAAGCUACCGCCGAUCGGUAAUCGCUGCCGGAGGGGCGGGUGCAGGAGGCGCAGGUGGUUUUGCUGGUCCCGCCGCUAACAAGCCGGACUUCCUGCUUCCUCCCGAGAAGAACUCCACACAGGUUCGCAAUGGACAUCAUCGAUCCGAGAAGGAGAAGGGCCUAUACGCCGCCGUGCCCAUGGUUGAGGGCAGCGCUGAUCUAGUUUACGCCGUAAGCCCGGAACCACCCUCCCCCUGUGCCCCAGAGAAGGAAGAGUUUGAACCGGAACCAUCGGUGCACAGAGAAGCAGGAGCCUUCGUUAGCAGUACGGACCAGUUGCUCCACCAUUCUCCCGCAACCGGCGAACACGUGAACACUGCCCACUCUGCAUCGGAUCUUGACACAGUGGAACAACUUGAUGAUGAUGAUGAUGUUGAGAGCUCAAUGGAGGCUUUGCCAACGACUGACCGACCAACAGAUAGGGCAGAGAAGGUGGCUGAGUCUACUGUUACUGAUGACUCAUCAAAAGCGCCCCCUGCCGACAGCGCGAACACGUCCGGUGCGACCCAGGAUGAACAACUUCCCGAAUGGCUGGUUGGCGAGCUUGAGGAGAGCAAAAAGCGGACGGAGGCAGUGAAGCCAACAUCGAGUGAUUGA